CCUUGCAAAAAGCCCAGAGCGCGCGCGCACACACACACACACACACACACACACACAGAGCACGAGCCGGAGUACAUGUGAGCGCACGGAGCGAGGUAUUAGGAUGGUGAUUAGGGUGUUUGUCGCCUCCUCGUCCGGCUCCCUGGCGGUCAAAAAGCACCAGCAGGAGAUUGUCGGCUUCCUGGAAGCGAACCGGAUCAGUUUUGAGGAGGUGGACAUUACGAUGCUGGAGGACCAAAGACUGUGGAUGUACAAGAACAUUCCGGAAGAGAAGCGACCCGAGAAGGGUAACCCGCCCCCCCCUCAGAUCUUUAAUGGAACGGUCUACUGCGGGGAUUAUGAAGACUUCUUCCUGUCUAAAGAAGCCAACACAGUGUUUUCCUUUCUUGGCCUUAGCUCUCAAGCCUCAGGGAAGGAUGCUGCGUCUGAGACUCCGUGAGCUGCCGAGCUUCUGUGGAGUUUUGCGAUCGUUCUCUCCAUCAUGAGAGGAUGAAGCCGUCACUGCCAGCUAUGCAUCUGCCAAAUACGCGAACGUCCUCACCGUCAAAGACUUCAGCAUACACGGAUACACACAUUUAGACCAAUGAGACGGUGAUCCCGAUUAGUCCAAUGUUUUUGCAUGAUAUGUCUUAUAUAGCAAUCGCACUGACGCAGUCUUCGUAAUGCGUGUAUGUAUCACUGUGAGUUUUUAAAAACAAAUCGAUGACAAUCACUGUAUGACGUUUGUAACCACAUGCCUAUACCGUGUGUCAGAUUGUAUUGUUUUGUAUGUUUUAUGGGUUCUGUACAUCUGAGGGUGAUUUUGGUGCAAAAAUUUGACUUUAUUAACUCCAGAAAUUAGACUAAAAAAAAACCA